UCUCAUUGUGUUCAUACAAACAUGGCGGAUUUCUCGCGGACGAGAAGAGAAAAGGGAUAUUUCACUUUUAUCAUAUUUAUAAACCUUGUAAGUAAGACAAGGUAGCUUCCUUGAAAGAAUCUUCGCUUGGUUAAUUAGGGAUGUUUAGAGAUGUCUUUUGAGAUUUGUGCUUCUCCGGUUCUAAUGCUCACAAAUCCUAAUUGAGCGACUUGUACAAGAAAAUUCAAGUGAAGUUUAAGCGUGUGUUUAAGUUCUUGCUACGUUGAUGUUUGUUCUUCUUCGAUUUACGGACACAUCUUACAGCCAAAUCUGUCAUCCACCAUCCUAAACUUGUGUCAAAUUCUAAUGGAGGGUAAUGAGGCAGAAGUUCAGGUGCAUAGUGAUGCCGAAGACAACGGCUCUGUCUCAGGUAGAUUGUCAACUGGUGGCAACGACAGUGAAGACGAUAGUUUACUUGGUUUCGAAGACGAUCUCGAAGGAGACGAAGAAGAGUUGGAUGCUGAAGAGACAGUGAAUUCCACAAAAAAUAACGAAGAAGUGAAAACCAAAAGAAAAAGAAAGCAAAUAGAUCCAAGCAAACGAAAGCGGAUUCGGCGAAUUUUGCGUGAAGAUGAACUGACAGAGGUUACAAUUUCGGCCCAAAAAGAGGAACGUGAACGGUUGCGGAGACUUGAGCUUCAAAGAAGCUUAGCAGCAGCUUCCACAAGUACACUUCCAUGUUCUAAAAUUGGUGAAAAUCUAAUCUCUGGAUCACCAAGUGGUUCGUCGAGGCCCUCCACCCCAGUAGCUGUUGACGUCAGAGAGAAGAAAGAGUUUGAACCACAUGUGAUUGUUAUUGAUAGUGAUGAGGAAGAAGAUUCCAGAUCUUCCACUUCAGCUGUUAGCUGUUGUCAUUUAAAGCAAGCAGCAGAGAAUGUUAAUGGAGACCUUAUUGAGAUUAUUAGUUCAGACUCAGAGGUUGAUGAUGGCAGUGAUAACAAUGAUGAUGAUGACAAAGGUGAUGUCACUACUUGUAAACGGGAGGAUGUUGACUAUGAAAACAGUGGGUUGCAUGUAGAGGACAAUCUCAACAAACCUGAUCUUCAAGGACGAGUGCUUGUUAAUGUCAGUCAUCCUGCCAAUGAAGAAGACAUUUUUCUUGCCCCACAGAUUGCCAGAGUUAUUAAAGCACAUCAGAUUGGGGGAAUCAGGUUCCUUUAUGACAACCUUGUCGAGACACUAAAACGCUUUGAAGUGAGCACAGGUUUUGGUUGCAUUUUAGCUCAUUCAAUGGGUCUUGGUAAAACUCUUCAAGUAGUUAGUUUUAUUGACAUAUUCUUGAGAUAUACCAAAGCCAAGAAAGUGCUCUGUGUUGUGCCAAUUAACACCAUACAAAACUGGCAAGCAGAGUUUAACAUGUGGUUGCCACCUAAACCUGGACUUAUUUCAGAUAGCAAUGGAACUUUUGUGGAGACUUCUGAUUCUAGUGCAGUUCAUUAUAGAGAGUUUGAGGUGUACUUGUUGGGGGACAAUCACAAGACUACAAUGGCCAGGGCCAAGGUUAUAGGUGAGUGGAACCAUCAUGGUGGAGUACUUCUGAUGGGAUAUGAGUUGUAUCGACUUCUGUCAACUGUGACGCCCUCCAUGUCAAGUGCAAAGAGUAUGCAAACCAAAAAAAAGAAAUCACCAACUCUUGACAAAAUGAAUGGUGAACCAGAAGUUAUUGAUCUUGAUGAAGAGGAAAAACACAUGGAACUACUAAUUGGUGUACAGAGAGCAUUGUGUAAACCUGGUGCUGACUUGGUCAUUUGUGAUGAAGGCCACAGAAUCAAGAACGAGCAGGCAAAUACUUCACAGGCACUAAAGAAGAUCCAUACCAGGCGCCGUGUUGUUUUAACAGGCUAUCCGCUACAAAACAACCUUCAGGAAUACUGGUGCAUGGUAGACUUUGUAAGACCCAACUUUCUGGGAACCAAACAGGAGUUUUGUAACAUGUUUGAGAGACCUAUACUGAAUGGGCAAUGUUCUGACAGCACUCCAUCUGAUGUUAAGAUUAUGAGGUACAGGGCCCAUGUACUUCACAGUCUGUUAGAAGGAUUUGUGCAAAGGCGGAGUCAAGCAGUUCUUACAAGAUGCCUCCCUGUCAAAGAAGAGCACAUAAUUUUGGUUAAUAUGUCAGCUAUCCAAAAAGAAUUGUACAACACAUUUGUUGACCGUCUGUUACGUUCUGUUGGAUACAUCAACCCAAUCAAAGGUUUCCACACAUGCACCAAGAUUUGGAACCAUCCUGAUAUAUUUUACCACUCAUUGGAUAUGAAGGAUGCUGGCAGGACUGAGUCUCCUUUGACAAUUCUUGAAGACUCAAAUGGAUCAUCACAGAGUUCAAAGAGAUAUUCUCCUUCAAACUUAAUGCCUGCUACCACAUCUACACUGAACCAAGAAACAAGUGCAAAUUCAAGUAACACUGGAGUCUUACAAAAUUAUUCUUCAGGAUCAACUGUAUCUCCUUAUUUUCCAUCAUCAGCAACUUCCCAGACAGUUAAUACUAUUCCUGUCUCUGUUUCUUCUCAACCUAACUCGCAAUCAGGACAGGCAGUAACUAUGACAACUCAAUCAAGCCACAGUGCGCAGGACACUUCUGUGUCAGUUAUUCAAACAGUAGCUGCACAGAUUGAUCGCAGUUGUGUUCUCGUUGGAGAUAUGACAUGGGCCAAGACUCUGUUCAAGGACUACCAGGUUGGAGUGAUGAAGAAUGGUGGCAAACUUGUUGUGUUGAUGGAGAUUAUAGAGGAAAGCUUAAAACUGGGAGAAAAAAUCCUUAUAUUUAGUCAAAGCUUGUCCACCUUGAGUGUGAUUGAGGAAUUCCUUUCCAAGCGUGAUGUGCCUUUUUUUCCUGGUCGGGUCGCUGAUCCUGGAAAGUCUGCCAGAUGGGCUAAGAACAAGAGUUAUUAUCGACUGGAUGGCAACACCUCAGCACAAGAGAGAGAGAGGCUGAUCAAUCGUUUUAAUGCUCCAGAUAACACUGAUGUCUUGCUGUUUAUGUUGUCAACAAGAGCGGGAUGUCUUGGUAUCAAUCUUGUUGGUGCAAGCCGUGUGGUUGUGUUUGAUGCUUCCUGGAAUCCAUGUCAUGAUGUGCAAGCUGUGUGUAGGGUUUAUCGCUAUGGACAGCUGAAGCCGGUUCAUAUUUACCGUCUGAUCAGUACGGGAACGAUGGAAAAGAAGAUUUAUGAUCGACAAAUAUCGAAGCAAGGCAUGGCAAAUCGAAUUGUCGACGAACUCAAUCCGGAAGCAAAUUUCACAAAACAAGAAAUAAUGAAGUUGAUUUGUGAAAGGGAUGCUGCUUCUCCAGCGGCUGACUUAUCAGCAGCCGCUGACCAGUUUAGUGAUCCCGUGUUGGUAAGAAUGUGUCGACAGUGCAAUUCUUGGAUCUCCAAGGUGCCUUUUAAGCACGACUCGCUUCUUGUGGAUAGAAAGGAAAUGAAGUUGACCAAGGCAGAGAAGCGGGAAGCCAAAAGAGGGUACGAAAUUGAGAAGAGACUAGCUAUGCAGGGACAAAAGCAUUAUCCUGGUGUUAUUCAACCGGUUUAUAACAGGAAUAACCAACCCUACGUUCCAAAACCAGUUCAUCCUGUUGGAUCAGUUCCUGCGCUACCUCAGACUACCGGUCCUAACUGCACGCAUCAUCAUCAUCAUCAUCCCCCUCAGCUCCCCCCUUCGUUAGGCUUUCAUCUCCCGCUGGCUUCCUUCAUACGUGCUGGUGUUCCUGUACCAUCAUCGCAAUUUGCUACUUCACCACAUCAUGGCGUUCAAUUAACAGCCUCGCCCACUCAAUCACAAGGUAACCAGCUCAGGAACCAAGAAGCCAGUGCGUGUAAAGAAGAUGUUGUCAUGAUCGACUUGGACGAACUGCCUUCGCCUACGCAUCCCGAGCAAGAGACGAUGGUACACCUUCGGGCACAGGCUCACCAAUCACAAUCAAACGUGGAUUUGGUCAGGAUGGCGCAACAUGCAUUUCCCAGUGUUUCCCCUGCGUUCAUUAACGUGUUAUUAAAUCAAGGAACUUCUCAAGGGGCCCAGGAAUUAAGCGCUCAAAGUUCCCACGUGUCUAACACUCACGAUUCCCAGUCCCCAAAGGAGCAUCGUUCCCAGUCUUCCACCGCUCAAUGCAAAGCAAACUCCGAAGCUUUAGACAUUGACGUUAACUCGUCUGAGUCCAAUGCGGAUGACAGCACGCCGUCAAAAAACGCAGAUGCUACUCAAAAGAAUAUGAAAGUGAAAAAGGCCGUUGUAAACACUCCUAGUCAGGAACAGACCGAAUUACAAUCGUCUUCUCCGCCAAUUAUAGUAGAGGUAUCUUUGGGGUCUGAUCAACUUGAUUUGUCAAGCCAGCAAGAGACAACGGGUGUGUCCUUAUCUCCCACCCGACCCUUGGUAGUAGACGUCUCAGGAGCUUCGGAUGAGCUCGCAAAUUCAGCUUCACAAGAGACAGAUGCAGUCUCUCCGUAACCACCCUUUCCGUGGUACCACAAAAAUAUAAGCACUUUGAAACAACAUUCAGAAAGAUCUACGGCAGAAAAAUGCAGUGCCUUGUCCUAGCAGGCCUCUGAAAUUGAAAGAACCACGCAACAGUUUAUCCCGCUGGAAGAAACUGAGAAACUUGACAAAAGAAGAGGUGGGGAGAACAGUUCGGUGAGAAAUCGCAUUGACUGAAUUUCUUUUUUCGAUGCAUGACAUGAGGUAGUCCUAAUUGAAACUAGAAAUAGGGGUUAUCUUUUGGCAGUAUUGUAGCGUACACAGAACUUUAAAUCGUGCUAUACGUGAAAGUGAAAAGGCACGUGACAAUCGAGGCUCACUUGGUAGACACGUGACUUUCUUGGCUAUGGGAUAGACUCGGCACUGGUGCGCUUCAGGAAUCGAUCGACUACUUGGAGGUUGUAACCAAAUUGUAGAGAGAAAGAGCAUGAACUACAUUUUCAAAAUUAUUUUUCGCUUUAAAUUUAUUAUAAUAAUUAUUAUUAUUAUUAUUAUUAUUAAUAACAUCAUCAACAUUAUUAGUGACUCAAUAAUUAACCUUGGAUUUUUGGCACUGGUCUGGCUAUUUGAAGUGUGGUUACCUCUCUAUCCAUUGGAGAAAUCUCAAUCCGUUGGAUAGCGCAGUAGGUUUCGCUGACACUUAUCGGCUGGUUAGCGAUUUAUCCAAUGGAGAGUGUUACUUGCUCUUUUAAAAACUGGGUCUGACCUUAAUUUUCCGCAGAACUGAGCCCUCAAUACGCCAAACUUGUCAAAUGCCCCUAACCUAGUCCCCACUAGCAGAUAAGUCAAUACUAAACUAACGGGUUAGAUGGGAAAUCAAUAGGAAGGAUGUCGUUUUCAAAAUCAGUCUUAUUAUCACAACUACCAAAUGUGAUUUGCUAAAGUAAUAAUCUGCUCUUUUCAAAUAAAGGUAUCGAGAAAGGUUUUGAAAAAUUCAUUUAAUGCAAAUGUUAUUGAUGCGAUUUAUUUAACAAUGAUCAAAGGGUUAGUUAUUUUUUUAUUAUUUAACUACGAUAUAAGUAACUCUAGUGCAGCGAAAGACCUCUGCUCACAUUGUGUAAACGACAAAUUUACGUUAGGGCAUACAGUUGUUUGCCUUUUUCCCCAAAUUGUACGUAGGGAAAAAAAAAACUCAUGAACAUGUUGAGAAUACAAUAUUAUUUACGCCGCUUCAGUGUUUAAUACAUGACGAACGACUUGUUUUAAGUAUCAUACUAUAGAUUUGCUACAAAAAGUUGAAAGUUUAGCCAAACCUUUCGAUUUAUAUAUAGUUGUACAUUAUUUUAACUGGGAGUUGUGCGAUAUUUGAAAUAAAAGCGUAUUCUUUUACUUGGAA